UGUUUCGACCGCGUGCAAUCUGUUCACUCUCUCUAUCGCCGCUCUCUCUCCUCCCAUUUCUCCUCUUUAUUUCGCCCCCAUUCUUCACUUUUCUCUUCACCCUUCUUCACGCUAAGCUUUACCCUUCUCCAACGUUGACCCCAAAAAUCCUCCACAGAUCUGAUGUUCUAGCACUUCAUUUUCACCUCCCAAAGAUCUGCUAUUAUUAUGCGCUUGGACUGAAAAACCCAUGGCGUCGUUGUUGGAAAAAAGCGACGAAUCUAUUCAAAUCAGGGAGGUUUGGAACUAUAAUUUAGAGGAAGAAUUUGGUUUAAUUCGAGAAAUCGUUGAUUCAUAUCCUUAUGUUGCUAUGGAUUCAGAGUUUCCAGGGGUCGUAAUUCGUCCAGUUGGGACUUUUAAAAAUAUUACAGAUUUUAAUUACAAGACCCUAAAAGAUAACGUUGAUAUGUUGAAGUUAAUCCAACUAGGUUUAACUUUUUCCGAUGAAGAUGGGAACUUGCCUACUUGUGGGACAGAUAAGUUCUGUAUUUGGCAGUUUAAUUUUAGGGAGUUUGAUGUUGGAGAAGAUGUUUAUGCUAGUGAUUCCAUAGAGCUUUUGAAGCAGUGUGGAAUUGAUUUUAAAAAGAAUAGUGAGAUGGGUAUCGACUCAGCUCGAUUUGCUGAGCUUCUUAUGUCGUCUGGGAUUGUGUUGAAUGAUUGUAUUAAGUGGGUUACGUUUCACAGUGGAUAUGAUUUCGGGUACUUGCUAAAGUUGUUGACUUGCAGGGAUUUGCCCGAAACGCAAGCCGGGUUUUUCAACUUGAUCAAUAUCUAUUUCCCUAUGGUGUAUGAUAUUAAGCACUUGAUGAAGUUCUGUAAUAGUCUUCAUGGAGGUCUUAACAAGCUUGCUGAGUUGUUGGAGGUUGAAAGGAUUGGGAUUUGUCACCAGGCUGGGUCGGAUAGUUUGCUCACUUGUUGUACAUUUAUGAAGUUGAAGGAGAAUUUCUUCAAUGGCAGCACUGAGAAGUAUUCUGGUGUUCUUUAUGGGCUGGGCGUCGAGGAUGGUUAAGGUUAUGCUUGUUUUUAACUCUUUUUAGUUAAAAAGAAAUAACCUUUACCAAAAAAACCAAGCCAUUGUUGAAUUAUAUUAUGUCUGAUUUAGUCUGUUGUGGAGUUUCCAAUUUGUAUUUGUACACAAUUUAGUUGAAGGGUAUUGUUCUUAAGCCUGUAAGAAGGGUGUCGGUCACUUUGUAGCUUGUGUAGUAGAGUCAAUCAUAAUCGCUGUAACGGAAACCUUUGCUCUUUUAGGAGCACGAGUUCUCUGUAAAUUAGAACAGUCAGUUGUUCAACAUGAAUCUAAUCAUGCUUACCUUCUUUUCA